UGAUAAAUGGUCUAUUCAACACAACAAGAAUUUUUCAAUUCGAAUCAGUAGAUCCUGAAAUUAGGGCGUUAAAACAAACUCUUCAGCUUUAUAUAUUAGUAUAGAUAUAGAUUUGGGAUCAAAGGUAUAUUCGUUGAAAAUGGACAAAGCCGAAAGCGAGAAUAGAUCUUUUUGUAGUCAUGCUAACAUACUGAUGUAAACAUCAGUGUGUUAGCGAUUCCACACUGAAAUUAUGCCAGCUAUGGUCCUAUUAAAAUAAAUACCUAUUUAUAGCAAUUGAAGUUGCUUAACGACACACGACACAAUUUCCUACACUCAAGUAAGGCAAAAAGUUCUAUAGCUGUAAGUUAGCACAAGGUUGAGCACCCCUGGCAUAACAGUAGUCAGUGGGGCAACACCGAGCCUCACACGACACGACACAUUCAGACAAACAUGUCAGCGGCCUCACGCCGCAGCCAUGCGACUACUGACAAUACUCCUCGUCACGCGAGCAGUAGCAGAGUGGGUCGAGAUAUCCCAGCAUCACUACAGGAAACCCAUCAGGACGCAUAGCCCCUUCACCACUCCCAAAGCAAUAAGUACAGAAGAGACUGCGAAGCCCUGGAACUACAACAACCACAGCGUCACCGAAUACAACUGGAGCAAAACCCCAUCGAGAUCAUCGAACGUGGCGAAUAUCAAACGAGUAGAACACGGACAUGCUGUGCGGACAACGGAAACAACUCUGUUACAAAGCGAAGAUAUUGACUUUGAUACCUCGGACCGCAGACAUCAUCACCGUCCUACAGAGGCACCUGUGGCACUGAAGGUAAAACAGAAAGGCACUAUAGAAAGAGUUCCCAAUAUCGGCAACGUGAAGCGAGUACAGUUGAAUGAGAGCCCUGUUAAAUCACAGUCCGUAAGAGUUAAAGGAGGUGAUGGAAAUGUGUCUACCAAUCACAUGAGAAUAUACUUUACUGAUGAUCCACGGAAGACCGAAAAUAAUUUUGAAGAUAAGGAAAACUUAGAAACUUUACGAAGAAUUUAUGUAAAUGAAGUAAAAAAAGGACACAUCACAGAGAAAACGUUUUUAUACACCACGGAGAAUGUCGAAGACUUUAGUUUCGAUGCGCCUGAAACUGAAACAAAGGUAACACCUCCAACUCAAGGUUCUCAAAACUCUGAUGAGUCAGCCUCCACCGAAAUCUCGUACGAAAAUAAAGUUUCUUCAGGGAACAAAGAAAAUUAUGAACAAUCUUUGGGGCUUGAUCAUGAAAACACUAAGCAACCAGACAAACGGCCGGAAAACAAUAAAUCCAAACCAGACGAAGCUAAACACAAAGUUGCGAACAACACUAAAACAGAGAAAAAUAAAAUAAAUGGCAUAGAAAAUGUGUUAAAAUUCAUGGCUGUUGUUGCUGAGUCUAUAUCUAAGAACUCACGUAAAAGCUUCGGAGGCAAGGUGUCCUACCUUCAGGACCUAAAAGAUUCUAUUUUGGCUACUAUUGAGGAUCGUAUCGACGAAACUUGGCCUGACGAGGACGGUGCAGGCACGCGACGUCACUCGCGCUCGGCACACGCUUCCCCUCGCGGCCACGUCCACAUACCGUCAUCCGAAAGCGCGCUAAUGACCAUAUCCUUCCUGACCUUCGCAGUCUUUCUCAUCAAACUAGUAUUGGUAAGCAUUGCCCAAGGCCAAGCAAGCCCUAUAGCUAAAGUUCAUUAUUUACUCAAAAAAACUGUGUCCUUUUUGUUUUCAGCAAGUGAUACACACGUAUAAGAAUAAGGCGAUGAUGGUUGCACCUCUAGUAGUAGCCGCUGCUGGACGCAAUAUGCUUACACGACCUGGUCAUCAAUAAUGUUGAUUUUACAAUAAACGAAUUCUUCAGAUAAUUAUUGAUUAUUAUUUAGUAGGUGUAUCAU